AUUUCUUCUCCUUCCCCAAAUUCCCCUCUGAUUCUCUUCAUCUCUCUCUCCCUCACAAACCCUAAAUCAAAAACAAAAAAAAAUCCUCUCAAUCAACCAAUCUCUAAUUGCUGUUAAUCAAGUGGCUGUGAUGGAUGACUCAGGAGAUGUGACCAUCGACGUUGAUUACGAAUUCUCUGCACCGAAAUUCUUCGAUUUUAUCGAAGGAGAGACUGAAGAGGAGAUGCGUCAAGCACAGCUUUGGUUUGAUACCGCUCUUACUCAUGCUCCUUCGCCUUAUAUGCACAAGAUCAAAAAGACAACAAGAACUGUUCAGUUAGACAGCCUUUGUGAUUUUACUCAAACUGAAACAUCCCACGAUGUGCCAUCUGAGGCACCAAAUGCAUCAAGUUCUAUGAACAAUAUUAUCGUGGAACCCGAAAAACAAAGUGAAAAAACUGAGCAUGAUCCUGCUGACAAGAAGGAAGAUGUUACUUCAAAAGAUGAACUCAAAAAGGAUGUAUCUUCUUCAAAGAAUGUAUCUGUUGUUGAGAAGACUGAAGAACUCAAGAAAGAUGUAUCUUCUUCAAAUCUGACAACUGAACAAUCUAAAACCUCAAACACCACAUACCCUUCUCAAGGAGCAGAAGUAUGCACCCCAAAGCCACAAAUGGCUUCUCAAAAGAACAAGAAUACGCUACAAACCGAGUCGAAAAAGCAACAAACAGCCAGAAGAAUUGCUAGUGCAGUCAAGAAUCCAUCUUUACUUAAAUCACAAACCAAAUCUAAAACACCAGCUGCUGCUGUGAAAAGGGAUACAAAUAAGGUUGGUGGUACACCUAAUCUGGCUCAAGAAAACCAAGCUAUAAAGAGGCAGAAACUUGAAGGAGGAAAAACAAGACAGAUUUUGAAUAUCAAAACACAAAUCUUGCCUCACAAAGCAAGACCAGGUUUUGUCAAUGGCGGCAAUGCCACCACACCGGCUGCUAAAUCUCGAAUCGAAGAAAGAAAGAUGUAUGUUCGUGAGCAAGCACCGGUUCCGUUUGUUUCGAUGGCGGAAAUGAUGCAAAAGUUUCAAUCUGGCACAAGGGAUCUGCAUCUGCCUCCCCGACCGUCUUCUUCUCUCUCACAACAGGGUGAUCAUAGUCAAGUGAUGCAAACAAAGCCGAAACUGAAACUAACUAGACCGAAAGAACCCUCAUUUGAAACAUCUCAACGUGUUCGAUCUGUUAAGCUCAAAAGUUCAGCCGAAAUCGAGGAAGAAAUGAUGGCUAAAAUUCCCAAGUUUAAGGCUCGCCCGGUUAACAGAAAGAUACUCGAAGCUCCAACAUUGCCAGCAAUGAAGAGAAGCACACCUCAGAUGCCGGAAUUUCAAGAGUUUCAUUUGGAAACAAUGGAAAGAGCUAAUCAAAAUGCAGAAACUUCAACGGUUGCAUCAACCGAAGCAGCUCCUCGGGUUCAUCAAUGGAGGCCUCAUCUUACAACACCAAAAACACCACCUCUACAGACGUUACUAAGAGCAAGAGCUCCUAACGUCAAAAGUACCGAAGAACUUGAAAGAGAAGAGUUAGAAAAAGCUCCCAAGUUCAAAGCCAGGCCUUUGAACAAGAAGAUAUUUGAAAGCAAAGGUGAACUGGGGCUGUUUUGUAACAAAAAGCGACAAGUUACCAUACCCGAAGAAUUUCAUUUUGCAAUCGAUGAAAGAAUUCCACCUCCAACCGCAAAUGUUGCUGACAUGUUUGAUAAGCUUUCUUUGUGCUCUGACACCCACACCCGGAAACCAAUUCCUAGGAUUACUGCACCAAAUCCGUUCCAUUUGCACACCGAAGAAAGAGGGGCAGAAAAGGAAAAGAAAUUUGUGAUGGAAGUUAUACACAAACAGAUAGAAGAAGAACGAGCUAGAAUUCCCAAAGCCACCCCGUACCCGUAUACCACCGAUUAUCCUGUGGUUCCUCCAAAACCGGAGCCAAAACAGUGUACAAAACCGGCACCGUUCCAGUUAGAGAGUGUGGCGAGACAUGAAGAAGAAAUGCAAAGAGAAAUGGAAGAAAGAAGGAGGUUGGAGGAGGAAGAAGCAAGGAUGAGAAUGUUUAAAGCACAGCCGGUAUUGAAAGAAGAUCCCAUUCCGGUUCCUGAGAAAGUUCGCAUACCUCUAACUGAAGUUCAAGAAUUUGAUUUGCAUGUCGAACACCGAGCUGCGGAUAGAGCAGAAUUUGACAAAAAAGUCAAAGAGAAAGAGAUGAUGUAUAAAAGAUACCGAGAUGAAGCUGAAUCUGCCAAAAUGAUGGAGGAAGAGAAAGCUUUGAAACAACUACGAAGGACUUUGGUGCCUCAUGCAAGGCCGGUGCCUAAUUUUAGCAAGCCAUUUUUGCCGCGAAAGUCAUCAAAAGGAGUAACAAAACCAAAAUCGCCAAGAUUGAAGAUCAUUGAAAGAACAGAAAGAAGAAAGAUGGUGGUGACUGCAGCAACUUCAAGUGCAGCGUCUAAUAUGAGGUGAUGGCGAUGCGUGUGGUCUGCAAAAAAUCUUGAUUUCUGUUCAAGAACUCUUGAAUAUUAUAAAAACUUGUGAUGUAUUCAUUUAUGUAUUAUUCUGACAAAUUGUUAACCUUUAAAGGUGAAAUGGUUGAUUCUUGGUUUUAGUCAAACCAUAAUAUGAGUU